CUUGUUUUCUAGCCGAACGUUUUGAAAGAAAACUGAGUCGCUAGGUAAACUAUCAAAGUCUUUGGCCCACGAGUUGUGACGUUUUUUGUAAUCCCUUUUAACGCAACAACUUGAAGCUGACCACUUGGCUUGCAGCACCUAAACCCGCAGCCCAUCCUCCCUGCUGGGCUACAGUUUGUAAUGGGGCCGCUUUUGAGUUAGGACGCUUGGAAGCAGAGUGCAUCCCCGCUAACCAUGGGAGGAUGUGUGGGCAGAUACUGGGAACGAUGGGAUGACACACAGAGCAGAGGCUCAUCCAGGAACGGUGGCCGGGGAGGUCGUAAUGAGCCACUAAAGAAAGAUCGACCCAAGUGGAAGAGCGACUAUCCGAUGACCGAGGGCCAGCUGCGGAGCAAGCGUGACGAGUUUUGGGACACGGCGCCCGCAUUUGAUGGCCGCAAGGAGAUCUGGGAUGCCCUGAAAGCUGCCGCAGUGGCUCUGGAGUGUAACGACCACGAGCUGGCCCAAGCCAUCGUAGACGGAGCCAGUAUCACCCUACCGCAUGGUACUCUGACGGAGUGUUACGACGAACUCGGGAAUCGCUAUCAGUUGCCCGUCUACUGCCUCGCUCCGCCUGUCAACCUCAUUUCAGAGCGCAGCGACGACGAUCAUAGCGACAGCCCCCAACUUCCUGUGGCCCCUAAGAAGGAAUUUCAGAUGAAGGUGCGCCUGUCCACAGGAAAGGACCUACGUCUGAGCGCCAGCAUGAUGGACAGUAUUGGUCAGCUGAAGAAGCAGCUGCACGCCCAGGAGGACAUCGAGGCCGCCCACCAGCGCUGGUUCUUCUCAGGCAAACUCCUCACGGACAAGACGCGACUGCAAGACACCAAGAUCCAGAAGGACUUCGUCAUUCAGGUCAUUAUCAACCCUCAGGCAGUCCCCAAGAUGUCACCUACAACCACCAUCACCACCACCCCUGAAUCCGAAUAGCUGAGGUCAGAACUAAAGGGCCUAAAGCAGUGUGGAGCAUUUUAUUCUUCAAAAUGGAUGAAGCCACCACUACACAUGCAAAGCCUCUGCCUUUGCCCUUUUCUCUUAACUAAUGCUUGCCAGGUCCCCAUGGGGAGAAUGUGAGGAGGUGUUUGCCUGCGCAUCAAUGGACUUUUUAAAGACACCGUGAUCCUGCUUUUUUUCCGAGGGGAAGACAGAGAGCAGGAUAGCAAUCUCUCUAACAUUUUCUUAUAUUGUGGAAAUUAUGUUAAUGAAGCGUUUUGCACAUUUUAAGAAACUCGUAGGAGUUUGUGUGCCUUCGACAAGACAAAACAAAAAGGGUUCAUGUCCUCAUGGAUAGUUUAAUCGCUAGGCUAGCCCUUUUAAAAACUGAGAUCAAUCCAAGCUAAGCUGCCUUUUUUAACGAUCAUGUUUAUGUGUGCCUGUGUGUGCGUGCAUGCACAGGAAUAUAUCACCCUCACUUUAUUACAUAGCUUCUUCAGGAACUGCACUAGCUUCUUCAGGAAAUUAAGAAUUCCUAUCCAAAUAGGAUGCGUGUCUGCUUCUGAUGCUACCAAGGGCUUUCUUUUCUUCGAGCUGUUUUUCUCCCAACCCAAAGAAUAUCAGUCCAAUAAUCAGUUGCCCUUGUGGCCCAGUACGAACAGUCUCUAUUGUUUGUCCUUGACUAGGAUACAGCCUUCUUUAUUAGUGGGAAUCUUUGGACUGAACUAGGGAUGGGCAUUCGACUCAGUCCCUGCAACCGACUAGGAAAAUUAAUCAUCAAAUAUUAGUUUUUUCUUUUUUUUUUUUGUCUUUUAAUGGGAUUGAAGCUUCUUUUGUACAACUACAACCCCAAUUCCGAUGAAGUUGGGACGUGGUGUUAAACAUAAAUAAAAACAGAAUACAAUGAUUUGAAAAUCAUGUUCAACCUAUAUUUAAUUGAAUACACUACAAAGACAAGAUAUUUAAUGUUCAAACUGAUAAACUAUUUUGUUUUUAGCAAAUAAUCAUGAACAUAGAAUUUUAUGGCUGUAACAUGUUCCAAAAAAGCUGGGACAGGUGGCAAAAAAGAAUUGUUAAUUGUUAAUUGUUUGCCUGUUUGCCCACUCAAAAUGGUCAUAUUUAGUGGGGAGGUCAUAUAUAUGACCUUUCAAAAUGUUUUUAUUGAAGUCUUAAUUUAGGAUUCCAUCCUUUUUCUAUACUGCGUGUCCUCAAAUAGGGUUGCGGGUGAGCUAGAGCCUAAACCCAGUUGACUUGACCUAGUCUGGUCGCCAGCCAUUCUCAGUAAGUAGGGAUUCCAGGAGUGUUCGUAGUCUGUCAACUAACCACAGCUGCCAUCUUAUUGAUAUACGCUCCAUUUUGACUCAGUGACUUCAACACGCAAUCAAUCAAUCAGCUCCGCGCAGUCCCUUUUUAUGCCCAUCCCUAGAGCAAACCAAUGGUCCUCCAUUGAUUUCGAUGGGACUCUCAACUCGUCCUCAACAUGCGGAAAAAGCUCUAGAAUUAUUUUUUUUGAUUGCACAGUAGUUUCCCUUUACUGCUAACAGUAUGGUCUCUUACAUACUGUACCACUGCACAUCUUGAGUUUUUUUGUCUGGAUGGCAAACUGUCCCGUUUGCUGGAGCAAAGAAAAAAAAAAAAAAGAAAAUGCAGUGAACAACUUUAUAGCUAUUAAAUAGCCAUCAGGUAAUUUUUUUCAAGCUGGAAAAAAACCCUGUAGCAAAAGUACAACUACACUUGAACUUAAAUCAGAGUCAGUGCAAUGCAGUGACUCCUCCUCUUUUGUCUCAUGACUUGCCUUUUACACAGUGUGCUGCUGGUCGCUGUUGUACUUGAUUUAUGCUGUUAAUUAUGUCGAUAUUGCCUCUUAAAACAGGCAACAUCAUUGGAUUGCAAUGCCUCGUUUUUAAAUACACUCUUACAUUUAUUUUUUAAAACAGUACAAUCAUGAAAAUACAUUUUAACCACACCUCACUGUAGUAAGACUUUACUUCCGUUCCUAUUCAGCUUUGCAACUUUUUAGCCAGUGCUUCUUGCUGUGUGUAGGUUUCUUAUUCAUGUUAUGCAAACUUGAAAAAGCAUUUUCUCUGUAUGUGCAAUAAACUAUAGACAUAGGCCUCGAUGACCGUGGACUUGAUAGAGCACCAGCUGUGUGUACGAGAGUACAGGAACAGGCACAACACUUCUAUGUAUGAAUCAGCACCCGCCUGUGUCAACUGUUUGUUCACCUUUGACAUCUUGUAUUCCAAGCUGUCGCUCAGACCUCUCACUUGGGAGCUCAUCUUUUUACAACAUUAAAUAUAAGAAUUAUUACA